UUCCUCUGUCUCUAUAUUUCUAGAACACAGCCUCCCGGCCACCUGGGAUGGCCGUUUUGUCCCCGUGUUGCCUACACAGCGUUUCACUCACGCAUCGAUGAGCAGCGGGGGAAAAGAGUGCGGCGUCAUGGAUCUCUGCUUCUCUCCUCUCCUCUCCUCUCCUCUCCGAGGGGAUGCAGGAGAGAAUGGUGGAAGGGAAGACGGAAGAGGGAGGAGGAGGAGAGAGGGAAAGAGGAAGGAGCUGUGGUGCAACCUUUUGUUUUGCGUCCUUUCCGAAACAUCUGGGCAGACAAAGAAAAGUCGGGGGCCUACUGGAUGAAAAGUGGAUUCGUGACAACACAUGCAUCAGCCGCGUACAGGUACGCCCGUGGGUUCUUGUUCUUGUGUAUGUGCAGCUGGGGGAGGAGGAACCUACUUGGAGGAGGAGGAAGAGGAGGAGGAGAGGUGGUGGUCUACAGCCAUUUGCAUUGUCACACCCUUGGAUUUCCCUCGCGGUCUCGAUGGCAUUUCACGAUGUGGGAUAUACAGGAGACUGGGGGCUCACACUCCAACAGCUUAAUAGAAACGAUCGCGUCCCGCCUUCACUUGUGUAGAUGUACACUCAACACGAGAAAGCAGGGCGAGCAUAUCACUCAUCAGUGCAGGCCUUCAUUUAGCAAGCCAUCGCGGUGCCCAGUCAAAUCUACCGAUGCCUGUAUAUGGUUGUUGGCAGAGGAGGUCGAUGUUACAUCCGCGUGCAAGGGCGCGCAGCAUCAACGCUGGCAGCGAUGCCAAGUGGAUGACAUCUGCCUGGGUAUGGAUUGUGAUACACCGCCAGCGCAUGUGUAAGGCGUGGUCACGAUGACAGCGAGGUUGGAAGGGACCAUGUUUGAAUGGAUAUGAGGCUGACAAGUCAUCGGAGUGAGGUGUCUUCCCUGUUUUGUGUCGAGAUGGGA